UUGCUCAAAAAACCCCGAACCAGAACCAGGACCUGUGAGAAGGUUCACGGAUCCUUUUUAAAGUCGAGUUACGUUUUUGACCGGAUGUAACAUGUGUGUAUGUACCUUUAAGAGCGGGUGAGGCGUUUCAUCCAUGAUGUCAUCGUUUUUAAGACAUGUGACUGCGGGAAAGGUGAAUUAUGGGAAAUGUAGUUCAUCUGUUCGCCCUCUUAGCCUGUAACGAAGUCUUUAAAGCAGACGAUGGCUAUGACUCGAUUAUCCUGUGACUUGUUGCAUAAAGAAUUUACCAUUAAUUGGUAAAAUUACAAACUGCAGGAAAUGUGCCGGAGCCGUGAGGAUCCGUGUUCUCUUCUCACGGUGCCACACACGGUCCAGAGCCUCCUGCUGAGCUGUGGGUGGAUUGUUCUGGAUAGACCCGUCCCAUGGAGACAGAGGACAGGUCACUGGGUGUUUGCCUUCACAUGUUUGGACUCAGGGACGAGGCUAUUUCCUGGUUUGUUUUGAGUGAAAGCUGAAGUUGCUGUGCUGAGCAGAGUUCCUGUCGCUGAUCUGCAGAGUCAGGAUGUGCUGAGAACACUGUUGUUGUGAAACAACCUUUAGCCGUGAUGUUGCCUCGUCAGCGACUCUUCAGGCAGAAAGUCUUUUCCUGGUGCCUCAGUGACUCCGAGGCUUCCGAUCACUUCAGGCUGACUCUCGUCGAUAUGAUCAUCUACGGAGCGCUGAGAGCUGCCGACUGUUACGCCCUCCGCUGGUCCAGAGUCCUGCGCCCGCUCCUAUUGGUCAACGUCACAGAGGGACGGCAGCUCCGCAGGGCGUUCAGAAGCAUCCGGAACGCUCUGCCUCAGAUUUUCUACGUCUUCCUGCUCUUCAUGUUCAGCGUCCUCAUCUUCUCCCUCAUGGCUCUGAAGCUUCUGGGUAAACGAGGUCUGAAGACCAUUGACGGAUCUCCGUACUUCACCAACUACCUGGAGAUCGUCUUUGACCUGUACGUCCUCGUCACCACGGCCAACAGCCCCGACAUCAUGAUGCCGGCGUACAACUCCAGCUUCAUCUUCGCCAUCUUCUUCAUCGUGUACAUCCUCAUCAACACCUACAUCUUCAUGUCCGUCUUCUUGGCCGUCGUCUACAACAACUACAAAAAAUACCUGAAGGAGGAGAUGCGGCAGCUGGUCAGGGCCAAAAGGCACAAGAUGGUGCGAGCGUUUGCCGUCCUGCAGGAGCCAAGCGGGGAGGGGGUUGAACCCGUGGUGACCCAGGCCAACUGGAACCAAGUGGUACGACUGGUCCGGCCCGAUAUUAGCAACGCCCACAGAGAGCUGCUGUGGAGCGUCUCCGACAACAAGAACCAGGGGUUCAUCGGUAAAGUGGCGUUCGUCCAGCUGGCCGACCUCCUGAACAUCGAGGUUAUCACACUCAAGUCGAGACCGCACCCACUUCACCGUUUGUGCCCCACCCUCUACCUAUCGGGGCCCAGCCGUCUACUCUGCCGAUUGGUCCAACACAGGGCCUUUGUGAUCAUGUACGACCUCAUCAUCCUGGUGAACGCCGUCUUCAUCGGGCUGGACGAGGAGAAUCCGCUGAUCGCCAACUCAGAGUGGGUUUUUCUGGCUCUCUACCUGCUGGAGAUCCUCCUGAAGCUCUACGUGUUCGAGCCCAGAGCGUUCUUCUCCAGACACAACUUCUGGAACUGGUUCGACACCAUCAUCGUCGUGUCUGCUCUCAUCGCGACGAUCGUCAACUCGGCCAUGAAGUCAUCUGGAGGUUACACCAGCCGUCAGAUCCUGGACAUCGUCUUCAUCCUGCGGGUCCUCAGGCUGAUCCGGGUGGUGGACAGCAUCCAAAGGUUUCGUACGAUCAUCAACACCCUGAUCAGGAUCGGACCAGCGAUCCUCACGUUCGGACAACUCAUCCUCGUGGUGUACUACGUCUUUGCCAUGGUGGGGAUGGAGCUGUUUAAAGACAAGGUGAAGUUUUACGAGGACCCCAACGACCCGGAGAAGUUCUACUGUGGAAACGCUCGACUGAGAGGAACGGCCUUCGCUCACCUCAACUACUGCAAAAACAACUUCAACAACGUGGUGUCGUCCUUCAUCCUGCUGGUGGAGCUGACUGUGGUCAACCAGUGGCACGUGCUCAGCAGCGGCUUCGCCAUCGUCACCCACAUGUCGGCCAGGAUCUUCUUCGUCCUCUUCCACAUCUUGGUCGUCAUCGUCAUCAUCAACAUCUUUGUGGCGUUUGUCCUCGAGGCGUUCUUCGUGGAAUACUCGUUGGAGAAAAGCGACCUGCAGACGUCUCUGGAGAAGAAGAUCGCGGAACUGGAGCUGGCUGUGGAGCAGGAGAAGCUGCAGGAAAACCUGGUGAACGCCAUGGAAACCAUUGACAACGACCUGGGUACCGGCCAAUCAGCGGCAUCCAACAAACCGACCCUGAUGUUUAAAAUCGCUUCAAAAAGAUAUCGGACGGUGGACGCCUUGUUGCAGCGGAUGUUUGAGGCCGACCUCGACCCAGAGGACUUUGCUGAGAACGAUGACGCUCAGGGCGACGGGAACUUUGCGAACCCGUCGUUCAGCUCCGUGUAAACAUGUAAACAUGUAAACAUGUAAACAUGAAGGGAUCUGUAUAUUUUUAUAUUUCUGUCCUGUCGCUCUCUGUAGGGACACAAAUGAAAUCUGUAUUUUUCACAUAAAGACUAUUUACACUUAAAGUUUAUUUCAUUGUUCUAUGUUCGUGUCCCUGUUCACUAAAUUCAAAAACUUUAAAAAUUCAUGUUUUCAUAAAACAGUAGCUUCAGAGUAAACUGUAAUUAAAACAUGUUUUAAAGAUAUAUUUUUUUAAAAGAUUCACACUUUAAAGUCAGAUGUUUCCGUUUCAAUGUUAAAUUACUUACUGCAGAUAACCAUCAUAGAAACAACCUUAAUGAGCGUGAGGAAGAUAAAACACAUCCUGGUUCCAUCUGUAAAAUAAUAAAACAAUCAUGUUCAUUUCAAAUUAUAUUAAUUUUCAUUCAUGAACAAAUAAAAAAAGCAAGAAGUCAGAA